GGUACAACUGGUUUUAUGGGACAUCCAGGAUAUCCAGGAAAUGAUGGAGACCCGGGUCCCAGGGGAAUCCUUGGAAUUAAAGGAAAGCAAGGUGAUAUAGGAGAAUGUGGUACUAGAGGACAAAAAGGUCAACGAGGAUUGCACGGAAAAAGGGGAGAGGAUGGGGUUGAUGGAUUUGAUGGAAUUCAUGGGGAUGAGGGAUCACUUGGAUUUCCAGGACUAAAAGGCAAAAAGGGAGACCCAGGAGAAAUGGGAGCUGAGGGAAACCAGGGACCUUUAGGUCCAAAGGGAGAGGAAGGAAAUCCUGGUUCAGAUGGUUUGCAAGGAGAUCAAGGAGUUCAAGGUUUCCUGGGAACAACUGGAAUUCUUGGUGUGAAAGGAGAAAAAGGACAACCAGGAAACCUUGGCCGCCUAGGAGGCAUUGGAGAUGAAGGCCCUAAAGGGAAUCAAGGGAAGCUGGGAUCCAGAGGGAAUAAGGGAGAAUCUGGGGAACCUGGAGAGAAAGGGGAAAAAGGCUCCUCUGGCCAGCGAGGAAUGAAG